AUCCAGAUCGGCGAUAACCUCGACUCGAAAGGCUACGGAAUCGGUUUCCCCCAGGGUUCCAAGUACAGGGAUGAAUUCUCGGAGAUCAUUCUGCAACUGCAGGAGUCGCAGACACUUGAGCAGAUUCGACGCUACUGGUGGCGAAACUUCAGCAUAGCAGAGCCCUGUGAAAGCCUUGUGUCGAAGAGCUCGAGUACCACGUCCCUCGGCCACGAACAAAUCGGGGGGUGCUUCGUGAUGUGCCUGUUUGGGCUCGCGGUCUCCAUUCUGAUCAGCCUACAGGAGUUCCUCUACAAGGCUUAUCUUCGAUCGAAAGUGACAAAGGUGGGAGUUGGUUGUACGCGCCCAAAUUUAUGCUUGGCUAACCAGCUUGCGUAG